CUGGAAUUCAGUGCCAGACACAAAUUCAGUCCUCUCGACGAGUUGCAUUUGCUCGCGGAGGGAGUGCAGAGCAGAGGUGGCGAUGGCGGGGCGGGGAGCAUCGGGCCCCGUGGUGCGGGCGCUGUCGCGAGCGGCGCGUGCGUUGAAGCAGAGGCAUGGCGGUGAUGCGGAGGCCGGAGUGGUGCGCGCGUUGGGAGCGAGCGCGCAGCAGCAGGAAGGCAAUGGUGAGGGUUAUGGGGUGAGGGGAUUUCGAGGGCUGGCGCUGGUGGGCGCCGGCACCACGGGGCUUCUCGGGCUGGCAGGUGUGGCGUACGCCGAUGAGGCGGAGCACGGGCUGGCGCCACCGCAGUACCCAUGGUCGCACAACGGCGUGCUGAGCGGGUACGACCACGCUUCGAUCCGGCGGGGGCACCAGGUUUUCCAGCAGGUGUGCGCGGCGUGCCACACCGCGUCUCUGGUGGCGUAUCGAGACUUGAUCGGGGUGGCGUACACUGAAGAUGAGGUGAAGUGCCUGGCCGCGGAGGUGGAAGUGGAGGAUGGUCCGAAUGACGAGGGCGAGAUGUACAUGCGGCCUGGCAAGCCAAGCGACCAUUUCCAGAAUCCUUAUCCGAACGAGUCGGCUGCUCGAUUCGCGAACGGCGGGGCGUACCCGCCGGACUUGAGCUUGAUCACGAAGGCGCGUCACGACGGGCAGAAUUACGUGUAUGCGUUGCUGCUGGGGUACCGCGAGCCGCCUGCGGGAGUGUCGGUGCGGGAGGGUUUGCACUACAAUCCGUACUUUCCCGGGGGCGCGAUCGCGAUGCCGAAGAUGCUGACGGACGGGGGUGUGGAGUACGAGGACGGGACGGCGGCGACGGAGUCGCAGAUGGCGAAGGACGUGGUGACAUUUUUGUCGUGGGCAGCGGAGCCGGAGAUGGACGAGCGGAAGCUGGCAGGAGCGAAGUGGAUCUUCGUGCUGAGUUUGGCGCUGCUGCAAGCGGCGUACUACAAGAGGUUUAGGUGGGCACCGAUAAAGUCGAGGAAGCUGGUGUUCGAUGUGGUGAACUAGAAUUGGGAUGCGCGGAGGGGGCGAAUUGAGGAGAUGAAUUGAGGAGGAUGCAGAGGGAACAGCGGUGGGGAGGGUGUUGGCGACAAUGCUGGUGGGUGGGAGAUGAUUUAGGGUAGGUAUUAGGUGGGCUGUGGGAGGUAUUUAGAAUGUAGGGUGGGGGUGGAAGACGGAGGGUGGCGAUGAAGUGGAGGUAGCGGAGGCACCGAACGUGAGAAGAGUUGGUAGAGAAGUGGAGGAGAUCUUGGGGGCAACUGCGACAGACGAGAAGUCAUGUCGGAAUAAGGUGGAAACUGAGGUGUGGUGACAUCAGCAAUUGUGAAACGGCGGUAUCGAUUAUGCGUGUCUUGUGGAUGCGAGAGAGUUUUACAUCGUGUGUUUUUCAAAUGGUUCCACGAACCUAUGUCUAAUCUUUUUUUAUCCCUUACCUUUCGUCUUCCCACCUGCUGCCCGCCGUUUUGAAUAUAUAUACAUAUAUACAAGGAGCUUUUUUGGUUUGGUUGUGAACCAUUAUUUCACAGGUGGUUGGAUAAUCUAGUCUGACUUAGUUGAUGUCAAUUGAAUCGGUUCCUUCGAACCUUUCAAGUUCUUUUGAAGAUGUGCUUUAUUUUCUCCCGCUUAGUAUGUACAUAAAUCGGUUCUGAGGUUUUUGAUGCGAAGUGCACCUUAGUAUUGGAAGCGGUGAAGUGCAUGUUACAUGAUGCACGUAUGAUCUGGUUUUAUUCAGGAGGCUUUCGACUAGUUCUUUAUCGGGAUUCUAAGUUUGGUCUGUUUGUGACGAGUUUCGACAGCGAUCACUGAGUUUGAGUACGUCAGCAAAGCUAUAUCCAGUUGUUCAGUUUCCUAUUCACUCCGUGGGGAGCGUAUUUAUUCGGGUGAAGUAGAGACGCUGGUCUAGAUUAUUGUCCGUCAACUUCCGUGGUCGACUCUUCUGGAAUUAGCGCUGAUUUGCAAUGCAAGUGAAGUACUGGGAAGUCGUUGCAAUAGUGGUGGCAGAUGAGCAGGAGAGUGAAAUAUUGGGGGGGAAAGGUUUGGCUUGUACAGAGGAGCAGGAGCAUUUUGCAACGAUCAAUAUUGUGUUGAAGCUAUUGUCUGUGUAUGUUGUGGGAUGGUAGCAGUGAGGGAUGAGAAGGUCUAAUCACAUUGUCUUCGACAGUGGUGUGGGUUAAAGGUGACCUAGAAUAGAAUUUGUGAUGGACGCAUUAGGGCAGAUAUUGUAAUAUAAUGUUUAUUUAUUUAUAUUUACUGUGUCGAUAACAGUGUUCAAGCAUGUGCAAGUGACAAUGCACAGGGACAUCAGCUGCGAAACAUAUGUAAGGUGCAUGGAGGGAGUGAAAAACCCACAAUUUUCAAGUAUUGUAUAUUUUUCUCA